GGAGUCUUCAGGAGUCCUGAGAAAUCCCUUGAAAGUCCCACCUGACUCCUACAGGAUCCUCCAGGAUCCCGCAGGACCCCGUGACAGGAGUCCCGUGGGAGUUUUGCCGGGAGUCUCGACUAGGGUGAUCUUUUUUACCGUUUCUCAGGCGAUGCGAAGGGAUUACUAAUAGGUUAUUGAUUGUGAUGUCAGCGCCGAUCGAAACAAAUUUCGCUUAUAUUACAACCAAAAACUGUCUAACUUAAAUUGCAUUAAACUUGUGCCUCUAGUUGGGUUAAGAUACGCUUAGUUGCACAACGCCAGUAUUAACGUGAGAUCCGUCUGUGCGCCUAGCGUAAGAAAAUCGUAUAUAGCGUUAGAAAGAAGAGAUUUUAAUUGAAUAUGAAUAAGCUUAUUUAAGUAGAUCCUGUUCUAAAAUAGAUAAUUUAGAAAUAAUUUAGAAGUAGAUGUCGCCCAAUAUCACAGUUAAAUUCGUCUGUUUCGAUGUACGCGAUAAAGUAAAGUUUUUUUAUCGUAUUCUAAUUGGCUGAUCCGCCAUUUUCUGUGCAAGAUUAAUCUUAUGUUGCUCAGGGAUGGCAGACAGAUAGAACCGAACAGAGAAUCCUUCCCAACCUUCUUUCUGCUUGUACAUAUACAUCAGAACUUAAUCUCUAAAUUAGUCAGAUGUUACUGUUGAUAUUCGUGAUUGCGUUCACAUUUAGUCGGUAUCAGUAGCUCUUGAUGGAACUGAAAAGAUGAAUGAACAGAAGAAUUCAGCCCUUCAUUGUUACGGGAGGGCUCAGUAAACUCUCCUACUUAUAAAAUUUCAUGACCAAUGAGUAAAUUUAAAAUAUUUGCCAAUUUUCUCAACUACCAAGUACUUGGAUUAAAUACAUUCAGUUUAAGUCUUAAGAUUCAAGACAAGCUUAAAGUUUCUCUCUCGAACUGACUUAACUUUUUCUUAAGUUUUUCGGCUUAAUUAUCGUAAGUCAUACUUAAGCAUGACUAAAGUUGGACGUCUAAUGUGAGUCUGAAUGGAAUCAUGUUUGUGCAACAGACUAAGUGACGUCUUAGAUUUCAGAUAAACUUAAGUUCACUUCAUAAUUUUUUGUAAAACAUACUCAUUGCUGACUGUGUUUUUCUGAUUGACUUCGACAAAUUUAGGACGUCUAUGCAUAAACUUGAUUUCUAGAGUUUUCAUACUUUUAACAAACUUUUUCUAGAUCGAUAACAGAAUGAAUCGCGAUCAACAACGAAGAAUGCUUCCGAAUUCCUACAAUCCUUCAUCAAAUAUGUCGUCUAUGCAAAAACCAAACAGUGGGCAACAGCAUCAUCGGCCUGGCAAUAAUACGAGUCUUCAUAUGGCAAGUAGUGGCUAUGUUGGUCAAGGAAAUAAACGUAUGCGUGUGAAUGAUGAAUCUGGCGUUCCUGGUCGAGCAGAUUGGGUAGAAUCGGAUGAUGAUAUCAAUGAACGCGACGUUGAUCAUCGAUACGAAGCAUAUGGUCACUUUAAUAAUGCAAGUGUAUCUGAGACAUGUGUUUUAAAUUUUACGAUUCAAAAUCCAAAAUAUCCAAUUACAGUUGAGGUCAUACAUAAAAUUUGCUCAUUUGUUGGAAAAGUACUGCGUAUUAUUAUAGUACGUAAACGUGGUGUUCAAGCAUUAGUUGAAUUUGAUUCUCCAGAAACAGCAAGUAAAGUUAAAGCUGAAUUAAACGGUGCUGACAUCUAUUCUGGCUGUUGUACAUUAAAAAUUGAAUUUGCUAAAAUUAAUCGUCUGAUUGUUAGAGGAAAUGAUCAAGAUAAUUUGGAUUUAACCGUAGAUGAAAGUGGUUAUUCUCGCCGAAAAACAUUGCUUUCAUCACCUCCGCCUUCAUCGAAUAACUAUGGUUCGUCAAAUCUUGAUAGUCAACAAUUUACGUCCAAUGUUGGUUCGCAAUACAACACUGUAACAAACAGUACGCUUGGUUUAUUGCAUGGUUCAAUUCAUCUUCCACAAAGUUUGAAUUAUGUUAGCCAGUAUCAAAAUCUACAACAACAGCCGCAUCAACAACGUUUUUUUCAAAAUCAAAAUGCACAUAAUCUGUCAAAUCAUGACAAUUUACGUCAACAUAUGUUAACUGGUGGAUCACAUUUAAUUGCCCAACAACUUGAUCAUUUUGUCAGUGAACAAGCAACAUCUGGAGCACAUGUAUUCAACAUACAAGGUGGCUCUCGUCAACCACAAAUUGAACCCGUCCAGCGUCCAUAUGAGUUGCCUGAUAAGGAACCGUCGUACAUGGAUUUCACAACAAAUCGUAAUAAUCGGUAUUUGACUAGUGAGCAGGCACAAAAGAAUCGACCUGUGGCCCCAUCGAGUGUUUUAUACUAUUUUAAUACGCCGCCAUUAAUGACCGAAGUUGAUAUAGUGCGAUUUUUUGAAGACCUCGGUGCGAAACGACCGCUGAAGAUAAAAAAUUUUCCAGCUCGGAAAGCAGACCAUAAUGGUGAACGAAACCGUCGUGGUCAGAAUCAGCCGCGUGGUGUUACGGGUUUGGCUGAGUUUCGUAACAUCACUGAUGCAUGUGAGUGUUUAGUUUUGGCGAAUAACUAUCCAUUGCAACAUUCUGCUUCGAACUGGCCAUUUUAUUUCAAACUUACGUUUAGUGGCACGCCAAUUACAGAUUCAGAUGCAUUAUUUGGCGAAGAUCUUGACGUAAGCUUAGCUACACUAACAAUAGGUGUUGUAGCUGAAAAACGUUCACCCUCAUUGGCAGCAGACGAUGAAGAUCGAUCACAUCGUCGACAUCAUUCAACUAGUUCUACCUCUGGUCAUCGCCACCAUCAAGCACGUAGUCAUUCUGAAGAACAGCGAAGUCCAUCAGAAGAAUAG